CAUAUUCAUAAAGUUUUAAGAGUUCAGAAAUCAAUAUUUGGUGGAAUAAUCCUGGUGGUUUUUAAUCACAGUUUUCAUGCAUCUUGGCAUCAUGUUCUCCUCCACCAGUCUUACACACUGCUUUUGGAUAACUUUAUGCUGCUUUCCUCCUGGUGCAAAAAUUCAAGCAGUUCAGUUUGGUGGUUUGAUGGCUUGUGAUCAUCCAUCUUCCUCUGGAUUACAUUCCAGAGGUUUUUCUGUUUGGUAAAAUCAAAGUAACUCUCUCUUAAUCUCUUAUUUUGUUCCAGAGACAGUUGAAAAAUUGGUCAGAAAUAGACAUUUGGUAGGGUGUAAGAUAGGGAUGUGCAAAGUGUGUAAAAUAGGUCCCAUGAGCUAAUCAAUUGUGAUGAGCAGCAGUUAGACUGUAGGGCCACUCUAAAGCUGUGAAAUUACAUCACGUAACAAUACAGAUCUGUGUUUGCCUUAUAUGGAAAAAAGGAAUGUUCAUGGUUUUAUAAUUUUCGAGUGGCACAACUGUCUAACUGCUUUAAAUGAUCUGAAAAAAAAAACCCUGAAAACAGGAAUCAACUCAGUGUGAAAAUAAAUUACCUCAAAUAAAUUAAGAGGAAGUGCAGACGGAAAUGAAUUGAGCUUAGAAUUAAAACUGUAUCUGACUCUGUUUGUUGAAAUAUUGAAUAUUCAGUAUGUAGCUUGAUUGUGGUGACGAUAUCAGUCAUUAACCAAUGUUCUGAUUAGUCACUGCUCAGCUCAUUUGCAUAAUGAACUUCACCUAGUCUAGAUUAAAAAAAGGGUGAGCAUCAGCAGUUAGUGAAUUAUCAGAGUUAGCAGUAAGUGUUGAUUAAGCAGUGGCAGAUUUGCUGUUUAUUUUGCCUGUAGUGAAACUUGAACACCCUUUUUUUCACCAGGUAAAUAUGGCUUUAGUAACUGUGUGUGUGUGUGUGUGUGUGGUGUGUGUUCAGUGCAGGCAGCGUGGUGGCCCCAGGUAAAGGUGUCCUAUGAGGUGAGCUCCCCCUCACCCCCCCUCAGCCCCCCGUCCCAGCGCCGGCAGCAGCUGCACGACUGAGGGAUGUCCCAACUGUUCAUCCUGCUCAGCCUGCUCAUACUCUCCUCCUGCAUCCAGGCCUCCUCUGCUUUGUCCAUGAAAACUUUAAUGGCAAGAUGGAUGAAGUACAAGGAAGAGUGUCUUCUGAACAACAGCAGAGAACCGCUGGUCACAGGUCUCGUCUGUAACAGAACUUUCGACAAAUAUGCCUGCUGGCCAGACGGACUACCCAACACCACCGUCAGCGUGCCCUGCCCCUGGUACCUGCCCUGGCACAGAACAGUUCGGCAAGGCUUGGUGUAUCUGGAGUGCGAUGCAGAUGGCCAGUGGGCCAAGAAGAAGAACACCAGUGAGUGUGAGCACAAUGACCCAGACCAGAUGGACACGCAACAUUACGGGAGGAUCCUCAGUAAAUUCAGGACUAUGUACACUGUGGGAUACUCCCUCUCACUGGGAGCACUGGUGCUUGCACUGGGAAUCCUGGUGGCCUUCAGGAAGCUGCAUUGCAUGAGGAAUAACAUUCACAUGAACCUGUUCGCGUCCUUCAUCCUACGCGCUGCGUCCAUACUCAUUAAAGACGCCUUAUUGGAAAGGCCGAGUCUCAACAUUGAUCCAGGCAUCACCACGGAGAUGGAGAUGGAGUGGCUGGUGAAGAAUGAGGUUUCGCAGACCGCCAUUGGCUGCAGGACUGCCGUGGUGAUGAUGCAGUACAGUAUCAUCGCUAACAGCUACUGGCUGCUGGUGGAAGGGAUCUACCUGCACAACCUGCUGGCGGUGACGGUCCUGACUGAGGGGAACUACCUCAGCAUCUACCUGUGUAUAGGCUGGGGAGCUCCACUGAUCUUUGUUUUGCCCUGGAUCAUUGUGAAAUACCUUUACGAGAAUGAAGAGUGCUGGGAGCAGAACAUAAACAUGGAGUACUGGUGGAUUAUUCGUUCGCCCAUACUGCUGGCAGUGCUGAUCAACUUCUUCAUCUUCAUACACAUCAUUAAGAUCCUCGUGUCCAAGCUGAGAGCUCACCAGAUGAGAUAUAACGACUACAAGUGCCGGCUCGCCAAGUCUACCCUCACCCUGAUCCCACUGCUUGGCAUCCAUCUGGUUCUGUUUUCAUUAGUCACUGACGAGUCUACCUCAAACGGCGCCAUGCCCCUGCGCCUCACCAAACUCUUCAUUGACCUCUUCUUUAACUCCUUUCAGGGGCUGCUCGUGGCCAUCCUGUACUGCUUCGUCAACAAGGAGGUGCAGUCUGAGAUCCUGAAGAGGUGGAAGCGAUGGAAGCUGGGCAAAGACAUCGAGGAGGAGUACCGCCACACCUACAGCAACACGGCUCAGGUCACCAACAGCAUGCUCAUCCAAGCUCCAGCCAAAUCCAGGCUGCCGGACAUCACCCGCCUGGCCUCUCCACUCUCCAGCCCCGAGGAGAAGCACCUGCUGGUCGUGGGCUGUCAGAACGGCAUGGACCUCCAGCAGAGGGGGAAUUUCACCCCCCUGCCACACGAGGGCGCCACCAACAGCGGCCCAGACGGAGACUUGGAGCCGGCUCAUAAAGUGCAGUGUUAUAAGUUCCCACAAGGGAGUGAUGAGAGCAACCUGUGAGCGGGAAAAAUGGAAAUAACGGGUGUGUGUAUGUUCCUGCGUGUGUGUGUGUGUAUGUGUGCGUAUGUGCUCCAUUCACACUCACAGUCGGAGGUCCAGCUAGCCAUGAGCCCGCUGUCCGAGCAGCAAGGAGACAGCAAGGUGUGUGUAUGUGUGUGUAUAUAUAUGUGUGUCCAUGUACAAGUGUGUGUAUGUGUGUGUGUGUAUGUGUAAGCACCCUUGCUGCUGCUGCUCAGUGUGAAGGACGUUCUGGUCAGCUGGCUGCUUCCUUGACCAAAAGCGGCCAGUCCAGUUUAACCAGUUCUGUGCACCCUGACACCACAUGAACACACCUCUCAGUGCACUGACCUGAACCAAGGAGGCCGAUGACCAAACACCAGCAGAGGAUAUCUGCUCUUAACUCAAAUGAUUCCGAAUCUGGGAUUCAAACUUCUCGUCUACAUAACUCUUUAAUCUUGCCGGUUUGGGUUUGGUACGGAAAACUGCAGCCCUACCUGGCUACUGGUUACCCAACUGGCAGACCAGAAUACGGACCCAGACCAGAAUACGGAAUCAGACCAGGAUGCGAUGUCCAACCAGGAUACAGAAUCAACCAGGGUUCAAUCAGCAUUCCUUCAUAUCAAACUAAACCAAAACAAAGACAAGGACAAGACAGGAUAUUAAACAGGGAUCUCCAGAGGAUCCUUGACAUUACAGUGAUUCUGAACAGCAUAAUCUCCAUAAUCCCAGCCCUGGGUGAUUCCUGCAGAUAUGAAGAAAUAAAUUUAUGAGCACGAACUCACGUCUACAGACUCGUCAAAUCAUCAAAACUAUUGUCUCUGCUUCUCUAAUGUCAGCUCUAGCUGUUGUCCUUAUUGUCUGACGGGUUCUCAGAGAAAUGAAAAGUCUUUUUUUUUUUUUUUGGUAUUUGUGAAAAGCUGUACGCUUCGGUUCUCUCUGCUCUUUAUUUGUAUUGUGGUUGUUGUCGUUGUUUCGGAUCAUAUUGAAGUCCAGCAGAUCAAGCAGUUCUGAAAGUGUGCCUUUUAUUUCCCGGAGUGUAAAAAAAAACUGUAUUCUGAUUGGUUUAAAAAAAAGAUCACAUAAGUUCAUUAAUCAUCUGUCCUCAAUUGUGGUUAAGCAGUUGAAAGAGUGAUGUUCUGAAUGGCAGCCAUACUUUGAGGUAAUUUGAGGUAGGGCUGCACAAUAUGAACAAAAUAAUACAUUGUAAUGAAAAACCUACAGAUAUAGGUAUUUAGACAAAGGUAUUGGGACAUUUCUUCCAAAAUUAAGGGUAUUAUUUUUAUUUAUUUCUCAUUUUCUAACAUUUUUCUUACCCACUCAGCUGCUAGCUGAUCAGCUGCUAGCUGAUCAUCUGAUAGAGAAGCACAUGCCUCCUCAGAUACAUGUGAAGUCAGACUCCACCUCUUUUCGAACUGCUGCUGAUGCAGCAUUGCUGAGUAGCAUCACAGCACACUUGGAGGAAAACCCAGUGACUCGGUUCCGAUACAUCAGCUCACAGACACAGCCUUGUGCUGAUCCACAUCAUUACAUUACAUUACAUUACAUUUCAUUUGGCAGACGCUUUUGUCCAAAGCGACUUUCAAUAAUGAAGUACAAAAGUAAUAGGAAUUUAGAUAACCCAUUUUUAGAUAGGGCUUAAAGGAGGUCGAAGGGAAAUAAAGGGAUACAGAAGUGAAGGAGGGGAAGAAGGAAAUGGGGUUAGAAGUAGUUAGUGUGUUAGAGGUGUUAGGAGAGUAAGUGCUCUUUGAAGAGCUCUGUCUUCAGGAGUCUCUUAAAGAUAGCGAGAGAUUCUCCUGAUCUGGUAGUAGAAGGUAGUUAGUUAGAGGUGUUAGGAGAGUAAGUGCUCUUUGAAGAGCUCUGUCUUCAGUAGUUUCUUAAAGAUAGCGAGAGAUUCUCCUGAUCUGGUAGUGGAAGGUAGUUUGUUCCACCAUUGGGGAACUCUGUAUGAGAACAGUCUGGAUUGCUUUGUGUGAAUGUUUGGCAAAGUGAGGCGACGUUCAUUGGAGGAGAGCAGCGGCCGGGAGGUAGCGUAAGCCUUCAGGAGCGAGUGCAGGUAGGAAGGAGCCUGUUCUGUCAUCACCUUGUAGGCGAUUGUAAGAGUUUUGAAUUUGAUGCGAGCAUCAACUGGUAGCCAGUGGAGCUCAAUGAGCAGCGGGGUGACAUGUGCCCGUUUUGGUUGGUUGAAGACCAAACGUGCUGCUGCGUUCUGGAUCAUUUGGAGUGGUUUUACUACGCAGGCCGGGAGGCCAGUUAGCAGGGCAUUGCUAGUUGAGGCGUGAGAUGACGACUGCUUGUACCAGGAGUUGGGUGGCCUGUUGCGUCAGAAACGGUCUAAUUUUCCUGAUGUUAUAAAGCGCGAAGCGGCAGGAUCGAGCAACUGAGGCCACAUGGUGCGUGAAGGAGAGCUGGUCAUCAACCAUAACACCCAGGUUCCUAGCAACCUUUGUCGGUGAGAGAGAGUCGAUGCUUAUAGAGAGGUUGUGUUGAAAGGAUGGUUUUGCUGGUAUGACCAGAAGUUCAGUCUUUCCCCUUAUCACCCUAGCACCAUCUACUGUAUCCACCCAGAAAGAGCAAGGCCAAAUGCGCUCUCUCAGGGAUUUGGCUGCUGAUGGCAAGCUGCAUGACCAGGAUGCGAACCAGUGAGCUCACGAUCAUAGGUGUUUUCCUUUGUAUAGUCUAGUAUAGUAGAUCACUUCAUUUAGAUGACUUUGAAUGUUGUCUGGACAUCAUUCCAAUGUAGGAAAAAAAGGAAACAUUGAAUUAAAUUGUGUCUCUACACUUUUGACUGGUAUUGUAAAUUAAUAGAAACAUCAAUAUGGCUGUGGUUCCUAGUUGGUUAAGCAUGAUUCUGUUAAAUUCCAGCAAAUUAUGGAAUCAACCAUCAUACCACCUGUACAAACAGCAAGAGGAGCAAUCUGAAAGUUUUCCCAAGGCCUUUACAGCUCCCCCAAACUAAACAUCAUUAAAAAACUGUGGAAAGACAUCAAAUGAGCCAAGAUGCAAUUGAAUUAUCUAUGUUAUCUCUAUUUGUUGACGCUGAUUCACAAACAUUAAAAUUCUACUGCAACCUAAUUCUGAAUUACAGUCUGUCGUACAGCACAGCUUGUGCAGAUGGAACAAACAAACAUUUUUUUAUUGUUUAAACCAGGGGUGUCCAAACUUUUUUUGUUGGGGGCCAGAAGGAGAAAUAUAUUUGAAGUCACGGGCCAAAGACUCUGUAAUAAAACAAAUAAUGAAAUAUACCACUUUAAACCAUUUUACUUGACUUACCAUCUUUAUCUUUGACAGUGUUGUGUAAACUAAGAUUUUUCAAAUUGAUGUUUAAUUUCAUGAUGUCUCUUAAUAUAAAACUCUAUAAAACGCUUUUAGACUCUUUGCUCUGUUUUUUGCACUAGAAAUGUGCACCCUCUCCGCUUUUAGACUCUUUGCUCUGUUUUUUUGAGCUAGAAAUGUGCACCCUCUCCGCUUUUAGACUCUUUGGUCCAUUUUUCUGCGCUAGAAAUGCGCACCCUCUCUGCUUUUAGACUCUUUUGCCCCGUUUUUUCUGCGCUAGAAAUGCGCACCCUCUCCGCUUUUAGACUCUUUUGCCCCAUUUUUCUACGCUAGAAAUGUGCAUCCUCUCCACUUUAAGACUCUUUGGCCCGUUUCUGACACCUAGUGUUCAAACUUUGAAUCUCACAUUAUAAAAACCAGCUUAACAGCGGGCCAACUUUCAUUCUAUUUCUAAAAUACCUCGCGGGCCACUCCAAAAAAGGAAACGGGCCGCAAAUGGCCCACGGGCCGUAGUUUGGACACCCCUGAUUUAAACUAUUUUAGGAUUGUUAUAUUGGGGUAUUCUGUGGUGUUCUCCCUUUAGCAGAGAUCUGUUACUGCAGCUGUGCAGGGUGGCAUGCAGUAUAUUGAAUACAUAAAUUAAUUCCUUAUACAGAUAAAAUUAACCGAAAACUGUAAUGACUUUUACUGUAAUGAUUGUAUUGUACAAACUGUAUAUUGUGCAGCCCUACUGAGACUCUAAAAUCACUAAUAAGAACUGAUCUUUAUCGCACUGUGAAGUAGACACAAUUAUGUGCAUUUGUUUUUUUCCCAUCUGUUCCUCCAUAAGAAAGCAUAAAAAUUAAGUCACAUUAUAAAAUACAAAAAGAAAUCUGUGCACUUUAAAUCCCCUUAACACACACACACACACACACACAGCUGCUAUCACAAACAACAGACUGCGAUCCUUUUGCCCUUUUAUUACACUUUUAUUAUACAGUCUAGCUGACAUGAACUCCAAGCACACAUUACGUUUAAUGCAUCAUCGUGAAUCACAGUGAUGUGCCAACUGCCGCACAAGCCGCUCUCCCUCACAGAGGACAUUCGCCCUUCUCUCGUCAAGUAAAAAUAGCCACACAGAAUAUACAAAUACAGGUGCAUCUCAAAAAAUUAGAAUAUCAUUGAAAAGUGGCUUUAUUUCAGAAAUUCAGGAAGAAAAAAAGUGAAACUCAUAUAUUAUAUAGAUGUAUUAAACACAGAGUGAGUCCUUUUAUUGAUUAUGAUUAUCGCUUAAAACCGGUACUUUUGGCAGUGUGGGCAGUGUGCCAGGUCCUGCUGGAAAAUGAAAUCUGCAUCUCCAUUAAAAAAGUUGUCAGCAGAGGGAAGCAUGAAGUGCUGUAAGAUUUUGUGGGAAAACAAGAUAAUGGUCACCCCUGAAUGAUAAAAGAGCUAGGGUUUAGCAUGGUUAGCGGCUAAUGCUAGUACUGCUCCAGUGUUAGUGCUAGAGAACUAAACUGAAACUCCUUUUUACUCCUGUGUUUUUUUUUUUUACUGCUCCUUACAACCUGACUAGAAGAAUUCAUACAUAAGGUGCACCGAGUUACAAGGUGCACUGUCGAUUUUGGGAAAAUUAAAUUAUUUAAAGUGCACCUUAUAGUGCAAAAAAUAUGGUGUAUUAAAAUAUUUCAAUGUGAUAUGCAUCCCAAAUAUAUGUAUUAUUUAAAAUGAUUUAAAUAUGUUUUAAACCGUUGCACUGUAUAGAAAUUACAUAAUAUAAUAUAUGUAUACAUUGGUAACAUUUUACAAUAUUAUUAAUUGACACUAAUUAAGAUAUUAGUUAAUUAAGAUAAUAAUUUUAUUUUAAAAGAAUUGUCCCGAUUCAUUAUUAUUUAUUCAUUUUCAGAUGAUCCUCCUCAGUUCAGACACUUAAAAAAAUGGAAUAUCGUUGAAUAGUUUGGGUUUGGAGAGCCAUGACUUCUGCUGGUGUGGUCAAGUCUAAAGUCAGUGUAUUUUUUUCCUGUAAAUCUUACAGCACUUCAUGCUUCUCUCUGGUGUUAACUUUUUUUUAAGUAAUGCGAAUUUUAUUUUCCAGCAGGACUUGGCACAGUGCCCACAUUGCCAAAAGUACCAAUUGGUUUUAUAUAAUAUUCUAAUAUUCUGAGACACUGAUUUUUGGGUUUUUGUUGGCUGUGAUACAUGUGUAAUACAUCUAUAUAAUACUGAAUUACUGAAAUAAAGUAAAAAUUUCAAUGAUAUUCUAAUUUUUACAUUUUUUUGUGAUGCACCUGUAUGUACAGUAGGUUGUGUGGCUUAAAAAAAAAAAAAAAAACAGGAGCUCUUGCUCAUCAUUGCCUCAUCAGUCUGUUCCAUUCUAAAGGACUAUUUGCACAAUGAUUUAUUUAACUUUAUAAUUGUGAAGAAUGUAGAUAUCUGAACAUCCUGAGUGAGUGAGCUUCAUAACAACAGCUGUUCAUCUACAGUGUGUGUGUGUGUGUGUGUGUGUGUGUGUGUAGAUAUGGUGGGGGAGGAUGUGUGGUGUAUGGUGGGGGUGGAUUCGUGCCUCCAGCAGUAGAAGAGCAGAAGAAGGGGAAGCCUACCUUGCUCAGAAUAGCAUCUUGUUUUACGCUACUGGAAGGACGAGAAGUUUACCUCCACAGCAAAGAAAUGAUGAUUCACCCUCAGAUCUGCUCUGGGGCAAAACGGAUGCAUCUGUUUCGUAACGCUUUUGUAGGCGGGGAACUCGCGGACAGCUUCACGCAACACGCUGCAAAAAAAUAAAAUAAAAUAAAUAAGUGAAGUCAGAUGAUUUCUCUCCAAAAAAGGGAAAUUCUCUAUCGCCAUAAGGGAUCAAAAGUUGUGAACCUCUCUAUGUUGGCUUCUUCUCUCCGAGGCUUCGCAGCCCAGGCUCGGUGGGCCGAGCUAAUUUAGGUUGCUUACAGAAAUGCUGUCAUUUAACGCUAGCCAAGCAUGAGGGAGGAAAUAAAUCAUGCAUAUGUUGCUCCGCUUUCCCUCCGUCUCCACCUCUCUCGAGUCCCAGAGUCCCAGGCCUUCAAAUCCCAUGAAAAUGAACUGAAACACUGACAAAACCCAGAUACCCUGAGCCCUGACCUCCUGCCCUCAAAUAUAUGGAAUUAAUUAGUCAAAAAAAAAGUCUCCGCCUGGAUUUAAGUAAGUAAAUGAUGUGGGGUUGGUUGGUUGGUGCUUCAGCUGGUCUACAGGUUUAGGUUCAGCAACAGUAUGUGCUGCUGAAAGAAUGAGGUCAGGUGACUCCCUGAAUAUACUGAAUAAAGACCAGGUUAUUCCAUCAAUGGAUUUUUUAAUAAAAGAAAUAUUCCAAAAUUACAAUGCCAGGAUUCAUGGAGCUAGAAUUGAGAAGAGUUCAGGGUUCAGGGAGCAUGAGAUCAUCAUUUAUCAUUUUCACACAUGGAUUGAGAGAGAGUUCACCACAGAGUCCAGAUCUUAACCUCAUUGAGAGUCUUUGGGAUGGAGAAGUGCUGCUUUGUGCAGUGGUCAGACUCUACCAUCAUCAUUUUCUCAGAGGACGUCUGAAAAAAACACAUACAUGAACGGGAAUAGUUUCUCAGGGGGUUCUGGGGUAAUUUUCUCUUUUUUGUGUUUUUUUUUUUCCUCUGUGAUUUUAUUCCCGGUCCAGAAUGACUAUGUUUGUGUUUUUCUCAGACGUCCUCAACGAAAAUUACAGGCUGAAUUAACUACUGUUUUUUGCUGAACUCAGUGGUCCUCUGGUAAUUUUACUCCGGGUUCAGAGUCACAUCUCUGAGUUUCUACACCUCACGUUUAAUAAAAUAGCUAUUUGUCCAUUGCCACACACCAUAGUUACACUUUGGGUGCGCGUUUCCACAGAGAUCCGUGUAAACACACCAGUGAGUGGAAAUGGAGGAACUACCGAACGCGAUGUCAUGUGACCGAGAAAGCCUAAAAAUGUACUGGUCCUCCUGUUUUUUCAAUUGCAGUCCAAAUGCAAGAGUUUUAUCGCUUAGUAGAAGUGUGAAAUAUUUUUCACAGUCAUCCCCUAGAGAAACUAAUCCCGUCCGGAUAGGGCUUUUGAGUGUAAUUUCAUUCAUUCAUUCAAAAACUAACUUUCAAUGGAAGUCAGUUUAAAAAGAUUUUGUUCCAAGUAAUUUAGGAUUAUUUCUAUGCUAUUUCUGCAAGAUUCACAUUUUGUCACAUUAGUGAAAAAUUAAACAAUUUUUUUUUAUCUUUCCGAUGGUUUAUGGUUGGCAAUAACUGACCCGUCCAUGCUCUGAACACAAGUACUUUCUGUCGUAGCUAAGUGUGAAAAUCCCAUUAAAUUUAAUGAGCAGGUUUGUUAGAGUCAAGUGAUGUUUAUUUAGGCAAAUGUAAAACUGUUUAAACAGACUGAAAGAAAGCUUUUCCAGUCUUCUACAGCAGCAUAGCAGCAGAGUUCAUAAGGCCUGAGGUAAAAAAAUAUAUAUAUAUAUUCCAAUAAAUAAAUGUUCUUUUUUUUUCUCAGCAUCAUAUAUCCUACAUAGAAAAUAUUCCUAAAAAGAUGUAAGAAUUCCCAAAACAAUCUUUUUAAAAACAGGCUAAAAAAUGGAAGGAGUAGUUUGGGAGGGGCACUGAGUGACGAGUGUGUAGAGGUGUAUGAAGGUACAGUGUCUCAGUGUCUCAUCUGUCACAUUGCUAAUGAAAUGAAGUGCUUGGCUUGCUAUGGGCUUCUUUAGAUGUAAUGAAACAUUGAAUUUGUAGAUUAUUCACUGCCUCCGAACAUUUUAAUGCAGCUGAGACAGCAGCCCAUACUCAUUCCUAAACUGAAAUUAAUAAAAUAUAAGAUAUAUACAUCAUUUCCACAUUGAACACAAUACAUUACAUCAACACAGGCAUUGCCAACAUAUGUUUGCAUUCACUGAGCUGUGCAUGUUUGAAUAAAUGAAAAAUAAAUAAUGUAUUUUUAUUGUGUACAUACAUACCGGUCUGACUGAGAGGGUCCUGAGCCCUAUUCUCAUUUUCUGCAGCUAUUUCCAACUGAACAUAGCCGGGGACGGACAGAGAUGCACUAUCAUGCUGUAGAUAUUAAAGCCUCUGUGCUUGUGUACGGUUUUGCAUACAAUGUUGUGUCAAUAUUGUGAAUAAAAUAAAUAUAUGUAUGAAAUCUA